AUGGGGAACACCAUCAAGGCCCUUGUGGCCUUCAUCCCUGGUGACUGUUGCCAAAACUAUGUGGUUGGAGACCUCCAGGAGAUGCCGCUGGACAAGAUGGUGGAUCUGAGUGGGAGCCAGCUACGCCGCUUCCCUGUGCAUGUGUGCUCCUUCACGGACCUGGUCAAGCUCUACCUCAGUGACAACCACCUCAAUAGCCUGCCUCCAGAGCUGGAGCAGCUGCAGAACCUGCAGAUCUUAGCCUUGGAUUUCAACAACUUCAAGGCUUUGCCUCAAGUGGUAUGUACCUUAAAACAGCUCUGCAUCCUCUACCUGGGCAACAACAAACUCUGCAACCUCCCUAAUGAGCUGAGGCUGCUCCAGAACCUCCGGACCCUUUGGAUUGAAGCUAACUGCCUCACCCAGCUGCCAGACGUGGUCUGUGAGCUGAGUCUCCUUAAGACUUUGCAUGCAGGCUCCAAUGCCCUGCGUCUCCUACCCGGCCAGCUCCAGCGCCUCAGCGAGCUAAGGACCAUCUGGCUCUCAGGAAACCUGUUGACCGAAUUCCCCACUGUGCUGCUUCAUAUGCCUUUACUGGAGGUAAUUGAUGUGGACCGGAACAGCAUCCGUUACUUUCCCAGUCUGGCCCACUUGUCAGGUCUGAAGCUGGUUAUCUAUGACCAUAAUCCUUGCAGAAAUGCGCCCAAGGUGGGGAAGGGUGUGCGCCGUGUUGGAAGAUGGGCAGAGGAGACACCAGAGCCUGACCCCAGAAAAGCCAGGCGCUAUGCAUUGGCCAAGGAAGAAAGCCAGGAGCCACUGGCCCCUGCCCUAUGUCCUUCUCUUUCUCCCAAUUCCUAAGGAGCUGCAGUCCAUCAAUGUCAAGGACCCAACUGCAUGUUCUCAAGAUUUCUUCAUUACAGUGGGAUUAUUCUGUGUCAUUUGAGGGGUUGAUGUAAAGCAAUAAAGGAACACUAAGA